GUUAUGUUCACUUUUUGAACGGCAGUCAUGACUUAGUUGGAGGAAAAUUUAAUAAAAAUCAAAUUGGAAAUAAAAUGGGGAAAACAAGUUACACUAUGAUGAUCUUAAUUUCGAAGGCUUAAAAGCUCCAAAAACUUAACCAACUAAUAUCUUUUUCAUGCUGGCCUUUGUGCAUUACUUUUACCCAAAUGAUAAGAUAUUUUGCAGACCCUUUUUGUUCUCUAUUUCCCGCUCCAGUUUAGCCUUUCAGCAAACAGACACCGAGCUAUCUCUUCUGGGUUCCCAAGUUCGAAAAUCUCUUCCCCCCAAUCCAACAAUACUGAUGAAGAAUUAAAUCCCCGUAACUUUGAGCCCUCUGCACUUGCAUAAUCAUUCCUAUCCGAUAAAUUUCCUAGUUUAUUUUGUAGGUAAUUAUUAGGAAAUUGAUAAAUGGCUGCUGUAAGUUUCAAUGGUGUUUCAAUUUAUCCAUACAAGCCCUCGUUUCCAGCUGCACCCAACGCCAAGAAGCCGUAUGUUUGUUGCUGCGGCCCAUCUCCUUCGCCUUCCUCUAUCGGUACACGUGGGACAAAAGUGCCCCGUAAAAGAAGUCGAGUUAGAAAAGAAGGUGCCGGAAAAAGUAUGGAAGAUUCUGUGCAGCGCAAGAUGGAACAGUUCUAUGAAGGUUCUGAUGGCCCGCCAUUACGUGUUCUGCCCAUUGGUGGUUUGGGAGAAAUUGGGAUGAACUGCAUGCUUGUUGGGAAUUAUGAUCGUUAUAUUUUGAUUGAUGCUGGUGUAAUGUUCCCGGGUUAUGAUGAACUUGGUGUCCAGAAAAUCAUUCCUGACACUAUGUUCAUAAAGAAAUGGAGCCAUAAAAUUGAAGCUGUAGUCAUAACUCAUGGUCAUGAAGACCACAUUGGUGCAUUGCCUUGGGUUAUUCCUGCUUUGGAUCCUAGCACACCUAUAUUUGCUUCUUCUUUCACAAUGGAGCUUAUAAAAAAGAGGCUCAAGGAGUUUGGGGUUUUUAUUCCCUCUAGGCUAAAAACAUUUAAAACAAGGAGGAGAUUUAAUGCUGGACCAUUUGAGAUUGAACCAAUAAGGGUCACCCAUUCAAUCCCAGAUUGUUGUGGGCUGGUUUUUCGAUGCGCAGAUGGUACUAUUCUUCAUACUGGGGACUGGAAGAUUGAUGAGUCACCAUUGGAUGGGAAAAUAUUUGAUCGUGAAGCUUUGGAAGAACUUUCUAAAGAAGGCGUUACAUUGAUGAUGAGUGAUUCAACAAAUGUACUGUCACCAGGAAGGACACUGAGUGAGACUGUCGUAGCAGAUUCAUUAUUGCGGCAUAUAUCAGCUGCUGAAGGUAGGGUUAUAACCACCCAAUUUGCAUCAAAUAUUCAUCGCCUUGGAAGUGUGAAAGCUGCAGCUGAUGCAACUGGCAGAAAGCUGGUCUUUGUUGGAAUGUCCCUGAGGACUUACCUUGAUGCGGCAUGGAAAGAUGGAAAGGCUCCUAUUGAUCCAUCCACGCUGGUGAAAGUUGAAGAUAUUGAUGCUUAUUCUCCCAAAGAUCUUCUCAUAGUUACCACUGGAUCUCAAGCAGAACCACGUGCUGCACUGAAUCUUGCAUCAUAUGGGAGCAGCCAUUCGCUCAAACUAAAUAAAGAGGAUUUAAUUUUGUAUUCUGCAAAGGUGAUUCCUGGAAAUGAAACUCGGGUGAUGAAAAUGCUAAACCGUAUAUCAGAUAUCGGAUCAACUAUAGUGAUGGGCAAGAAUGAGUUAUUACAUUCAUCUGGUCAUGCUCAUCGUGAUGAGUUGGAUGAAGUGCUUAAAAUUGUGAAGCCACAACAUUUUCUGCCCAUUCACGGGGAGCUUUUAUUUCUAAAAGAGCAUGAGUUAUUGGGAAAAUCAACUGGAAUUCGCCAUACUGUGGUCAUUAAGAACGGAGAGAUGCUCGGUGUGUCACACUUGAGGAACAGAAGAGUUCUAUCAAAUGGUUUCACUUCCUUGGGAAAAGAAAACCUACAGUUAAUGUAUAGUGAUGGUGACAAAGCAUUUGGAACAGCUACUGAGCUUUGUGUUGAUGAAAGGCUUAGAAUCGCAUCUGAUGGUAUAAUAGUCAUCAGUAUGGAAAUUCUGCGGCCCCAGGCUACAAAUGAUGUAGUUGGAAAACCAUUGAAGGGGAAGAUAAGAAUUACGACACGCUGUUUAUGGCUUGACAAAGGGAAACUUUUAGAUGCGCUCCACAAAGCUGCACAUGCUGCACUAUCAAGUUGUCCUGUCAAUGCUCCACUGGCUCAUAUGGAAAGAAUUGUUUCUGAAGUUCUGAGAAAAGUAGUGAGGAAAUACAGUAGUAAAAGACCUGAAGUUAUUGCUAUUGCCAUAGAAAACCCUACAGGAGUCUUAGCUGAUGACAUCAAUGGAAAACUAUCUGAGAGAUUGUGUGAUAGUUCAGACGUCUCAACACUCAGAAAAGUAGUUGAUUCACAUCAAAGGAAGACACAGCCGAAUGGGUAUCUAGAGGAUGAAGAAACUAGACAUACCCAUUUUGGAGGUAUCAUUGAAGAAGGGUUUGAAGGACAAGCAAUGAAUGAUGAGAAUUUUUUACCAGAGGGUGAAAGUAAGACAGUUUCUGAUUUGUCUGAGAUGCCUACAGAUAGUGCAGAUUCGGAUGACUUUUGGAAAUCAUUUCAGCAGUCACCAAAUGAUGACUACUCAGAAGAAGGGAAAGUUGUCUUGUUGUUAAAGGAGGAAGUGCAUGAAUCUGAAAAUAACAAUAGCGAGCUUGAUUUAGUUCCACCACAAUCUAAAUUAAAAUCUUCAAAGCCAACGAAACGGAACAAAUGGAAACCUGAAGAAAUUAAAAAGCUAAUACAAAUGCGUGGUGAGCUUCAGAGUAGAUUCCAAGUCCUCAAAGGCCGGAUGAUUCUCUGGGAAGAAAUUUCUUCAAAUUUGUCAUCUUGUGGAAUCAAUCGAAGCCCAGCACAGUGCAAAUCUCUGUGGGCAUCUUUGGUCCAGAAAUAUGAGGAAAGUAAGUGUGAUGUUAAAAGCAGAGAAAAAUGGCCUCACUUUGGAGACAUGGACAGAAUCUUAUCAGAUGCAGAUGUCAAAUUGCCAACAUCCUAGACACACCAGAUACACUACCAUUGGGCGGCACACGAGAUUUGACUUAUUCAAGUUGAAGAUGGAGCUGCUUGCUUAUGUGUAAAUUCAUGAGAAAAGGUAAGCUGUAUCCUAUAAAGAAAAGCACGUCUGUGCGAAUCACUAUGCCACAUUCUCUUUAAUGCUCAGAAGAGGUUCACGUUAUUAAUUUCAGGCUGAAUAUGUAGGGAAUAUGUGUGUAUACAUUGUAGUCAUCAGGAGACAGGAUAAGGUAUGGUCCCUUAAAUAUGUGGUCAAGAACCAAACUAGUGUAGAAGAUUAAAUCUCAUUUGUUCUAAUGAGCAAGUCAGUUGGAGGUUUUUUCUUUAACAGUUAACUUCCUGAAUUUAGUGUUAAUGAUGCUGAUCCAUGGAUUUCACCACUGGGCAGUGAUGAUGUCAUUAAACCUUGACUCCUGCACUACAAAAUCUCACCGUUAUGAUUCUUUGUUUGCAGCUCUUCGCAAAGAGCUUGUGAUGCAGAAGAUGUGAUAUCAAGCGCUAGGAAAACGAGAAAUGGUUGAAUGGAUGAUUGAACCAUGGGUUGCAAACAUUUCUCAAAAAAUGGUCUCAAAUGCAUGGCGCCAAAUUUUGUGUAUAUACUUGCUAAUUAGAGUUUUCAUCCGGCAUAAAGAACGGAGAAAGAGGAAGAGACUAUUAUGUUUAAGUUAUCGAUUUAAAUGGUUCAAGCCUUGGGGGCUGCCGUAUUAUUUAGCUUACGACUGUGACACUUUAAGGCAGCUGUAAGGUAUUUAUGAAACGACAUUAGAAAUUAGAAAAUCAGCAAAUCAAGAAAUUAUCUGUGAGAGAUGUAUGCUUAAUCAUUAAGAUUUUUUUGUUUUUUUUUUUUUCACUGCUUGUUGACCAGUUGAAAGGCAAUUUCAGGCUUCGACUAUAUCAAUUUCAGGUAAUGAAAAAAAAAGAAGGGAAAAGUUCAAUCUAUAUCAAUAUCUGUG